AUGCCUCGUAAAAGACCUGCUCCUCCCGAAUCAGCCAACACAUCACGCUCUCGGGUAACUAGGAGGUCUACAACAACAAAUGCACCGCCGGUUAAAAGAAAACCAACACCAGAACCAGAAUCUGACCCCGACUCGGAUGAAGAUUACGAAGCAUCUACAUCUCAAGCGAAAAAGGGAAAACGUGGAGCAACAACAUUAAAUCGUGGUAAAAGUAAAACGAAAAGAGCUUCCCUUCAAGCGAAAAAGGAAGUGGUGGAAGAAGAAAUAGAAGACGAAGAAGCUGCUGAAGAGAAUCCAGUUAGCUCCAGAGAACCCACACCUGAACCCCCAGUAUCAUCGAAAAAACAACAAAAACCGUCUACCAAGAAGAGAAAGAAGAAAGAAACACCACCAGACACGCCACCAUCCUCUCCUAGUCCUUCACCAUCUCGUUCUCCGUCGCCUGCUUCAGUUGUUGUAAAAUCAGAACCUGCCCCAAAAAAAGGCCGUAAGCCCGGCGCAGGUAAAGUUAAAAAAGGAGCGACAGAUUCGCCGGCAACAAAAAAUGUUCCACCAAGAAGAAAAAAACAAGUUGUCGAGGAAGAAGAAGAAAGUCCAGAAGAGAAAAAAUUUCGAGAACGUGCAGAAAGAAGAGCCAGAAGAAUUGAAGAAGCAAAAAGUCGACCAAAAUUAACUAAUGAAGAAAAAUUGGCAAAAAUUGCAAAGAAAAAAGAAAGAAAAGAACGAAGAAGAGUACGAGAAAAGGAAGAAUCAAUGAGAUUAAAAUACGGUCAAAGAAAGAUUAAAGCUGAAGCAAGUAAAUGGAAUUUCGGGCCAAUAUCUUCGAUUAAUCAACGGAGAAGAGAAGAAAUGAUGGCAUAUUUCCCCAAAGCAAACUUUUCUUCUGAUAAUGGAGUGCCAAAAGUGACGAACAACUUUCGUAGAGCCACUGUGAAAUAUGAAAUGGAGGUUCUGAAUCCGUUUAUCACUUGUUCGAUUUGUGAUGGUUACAUCGUAGAUGCAACAACAAUUAUCGACUGCAUGCACACUUUCUGCAAAAGUUGCCUUCUGAAAUAUUUCGACGCUGAUAACAAAACAUGUCCAACAUGCGGAACAUUCAUUCAUGGAUCUCAUCCAACUCACUACGUCACGUAUGACAGAGCAUUUAAUGAUCUCGUUAAUCAAUUCGUGCCAAAAUUAGAAGACAAAGAAUUAGAAGCAAGAAAGAAAUUUCUAAGAGAUUGUCGGGAAGCUAUUGGAAUAGACACUGCCGCAGAAGAUCGAGAAAGAGCUGAGAGAUUGGAAAAAGAACGAGUAACUGGAACAAAUAGAUGUUACCCAUUAGAAAGGCCUCGAUUUUCACAUCAUCGUGAUGAUUGCCAAGUGACUGUAAAUCUUCUCCCCGGAACCCCAAAUUUACCGCUUAUUACUCGUCCUUUUAUUCGAUGUAGUGAAAUGACCACUAUGAAUACAUUGAAGAAAUACAUCUCUCUGCAAAUAUGGGAUGACCAAAGUAGGUAUGGAGAUUUGGACAUUUUCUGUGAUGGUCAGCUCAUGGGUAAAGACUUCUCAAUUCGUUUCGUCUGGAUGAUGAAACGUCGCGGGCAGCCCAAAUCAGAACCACUAAUAGUUCGAUAUCACAUGACCAGAACUUGA